AGCAGAGGGGUGUUGGGAACGCCGUGGGCCGCGGAGAUCGUCAGUGUGGUCCAGCGCCCCGCCUGCCGGACGCUGGACGUCUGCGCUGCCGGGUCCCUGGCUGGGCGUGGUGGCGUUGCCCCGGAGCCCGCCGCCCGCGGGGCGCGCACCGCCUUGACCCCGGCGGCCCCGCGGCAGGCAGACAGUUCCAUGGUUGGUUCGGAGCGCGAUGAGCCGCCCGUCCUCCACCGGCCCCAGCGCUAACAAACCUUGCAGCAAGCAGCCGCCGCCGCAGCCCCAACACGCUCCGUCUCCGGCUGCUCCCCCGGCUGCCGCCACCAUCUCGGCUGCGGGCCCGGGCUCGUCCGCGGUGCCCGCCGCGGCGGCGGUGAUCUCGGGCCCCGGCGGCGGCGGCGGCGGGGCUGGCCCGGUGUCCCCGCAGCACCACGAGCUGACGUCGCUCUUCGAAUGCCCGGUCUGCUUUGACUAUGUCCUGCCCCCCAUCCUGCAGUGCCAGGCCGGGCACCUGGUGUGUAACCAAUGCCGCCAGAAGUUGAGCUGCUGCCCGACGUGCAGGGGCGCCCUGACGCCCAGCAUCAGGAAUCUGGCUAUGGAGAAGGUGGCUUCGGCAGUCCUGUUUCCUUGCAAGUACGCCACCACAGGCUGUUCCCUCACUCUGCACCACACAGAGAAGCCAGAACACGAAGACAUCUGUGAAUACCGUCCCUACUCCUGCCCUUGUCCUGGUGCCUCCUGCAAGUGGCAGGGGUCCCUGGAAGCCGUGAUGUCCCAUCUCAUGCAUGCCCAUAAGAGCAUUACCACACUUCAGGGAGAAGACAUUGUCUUUCUAGCUACAGACAUUAACCUGCCGGGGGCUGUUGACUGGGUAAUGAUGCAGUCCUGUUUUGGUCAUCACUUCAUGCUGGUGCUGGAGAAACAAGAGAAGUAUGAAGGCCACCAGCAGUUCUUCGCCAUCGUUCUGCUCAUCGGCACCCGCAAGCAAGCCGAGAACUUUGCCUACAGACUGGAAUUGAAUGGGAACCGGCGGAGACUGACCUGGGAAGCCACGCCCCGGUCCAUCCAUGACGGCGUGGCCGCGGCCAUCAUGAACAGCGACUGCCUUGUUUUUGACACAGCCAUAGCACACCUUUUUGCAGAUAAUGGGAACCUUGGAAUCAAUGUGACUAUUUCUACAUGCUGUCCAUGAUGCCCUGAAAUUAUUUGGGCAUCAUGCUCCAUGGUUAAUAAAGGUUUUUAUAGAUGUUUUAUUCACUAUGUCUUCACAAGUCAAGACCCACAGCCACCCUGUGUUCUAUUUUGAACAGCAACUUCCCAUCUGGCAUCAGCCCAACAAAGUUCAUUAAACUGGGAUGAAUGGGGUUGGCCUGUUAGUCAUCUGGAUACUGGCUGUUCUGUGAUCUAAAAUCACCUUUACUAUUAAAUUUUAUUUACUUCCUGAACAGCACUUGACAGGCUGCUCAGGGCUCCCGCACACCAGUACGCUUGGAGCUGGAGGCUCCUGCCCACCUGCCUCUCUGUACUGGGUCCUCCAAGAUGGCAAAAGCACAGUGACUGUCAGCAGGUUUCUUGACUUGACUUCUGUUUUGUUUUUAGGGGAUAGGAAUUGUUUUGAUGCAUUUUAAACAGUGUUUCUCAAACUGGAUGGCUAACCAAUAUGCAUAGAAUCACCUGGAGUACUUCUCUUAAACGUGCAGAUUUGGGGAGCCUAUGAAUUUAAGUCUCAUCGGGUGAUUCUUUUCAACAAUAAGGUUUGAGAAUUACUGGGUUAUAUUGUGGAAAAGGGUCCAGAUUUUAAAGGUGCUUUAAGAUUGCCCUCUACUGAUACUCUUUGUCCUUCUACUAUUUUAUCCCCCAACAGCUCCCUACCCCCAAAUUAAAACUAGAACUACAGACCCCCAUGAACACACUCCUGAGAUCUGGUCACUCUUGUGCUUGGGGUGGACUGCCUAGGAAAGCGAGCCGUAUGGCCAUUGAUAGUUCUCGUAGUUUUUGCUCAUCACUAGUACAGAUGUCCUGUUUACACAUGGCUUCCUCUGGAGGCCCUUCUUGACCGUAGAUGAUGGGAAAGACUAGAUCAGUAGAGUUGGAAAAGUUUUAUAACCAGUGUCAUAUGCUUGCUAUUUAAAGGUAUGUAUUGUUUUGUUUUGGGUUUUUUUUGCCAUAUUCACUUUAGUUUUUUAAUAAAUAUUUUCCAAAAAUGAA